UUUAAAAUUUUAAAUCACACACUUCAUUUCUCACUGGCCUGCUCACCCACGGCUGAAGAACUAUCCCCUUUCUUCGAUCUCCUUCCUCCAGAGACUCACCCACAACGGAACAAUUACGUAGCUCAGGUCACUAAACAAAGCUCAGGCAUUAAGCCAAAAAAAAAUCGGUAGGGCAAAACUCCAGCAUUACAGAGAUCGGAGAAAGGGUUUGAACUCAAUAGCGAAGAACAAGAACUACAAGGAAGAACACUUCUGUUUCAUGAAUCUGUUUUCUGAGAGAGAGAAACGCAAUUUAUUUACUGAGAGUUUGUCUUUUUAUUAAUAUAAUUAGUCACCUCAGCUGUGUGCUUAAUAUAAAGAGGCUUCUCUGUAGCACUACUCGGAAAAGAAAGCCCCAUAUAGAAGGCAGGGAAAAAUUUUACAGAAGGAAAAGAAAAUGGUGCCAGUAUUGCAAAGCUCUCAGCAAUGGGUCGAAAAAUAUCGGCCAAAACAAGUGAAAGAUGUAGCACACCAGGAGGAGGUGGUUCGGGUCCUCACAAACACCCUCCAGACCAGCAAUUGCCCACAUAUGCUCUUCUACGGCCCACCCGGCACAGGCAAGACCACCACCGCACUAGCCAUCGCACACCAGCUCUUUGGGCCUGAGCUCUACAAGUCUAGGGUGCUGGAGCUGAAUGCGAGUGAUGACCGUGGCAUCAACGUUGUUAGAACAAAGAUCAAAGAUUUUGCUGCCGUGGCUGUUGGUUCUGGUCAGCGUCAAGGAGGUUAUCCAUGUCCACCAUUCAAGAUCAUCAUUCUAGAUGAGGCAGAUUCAAUGACCGAAGAUGCUCAGAAUGCCCUGAGGCGUACUAUGGAAACCUACUCCAAAGUUACAAGAUUUUUUUUCAUCUGUAAUUACAUCAGCAGGAUCAUAGAACCACUUGCUUCAAGGUGUGCAAAGUUCAGGUUCAAACCACUUUCAGAAGAAAUCAUGAGCAGUCGAAUAUUGCAUAUUUGCAAAGAAGAACGCCUCAAUCUGGAUGCCGAGGCUCUUUCAACCUUGAGUUCUAUUUCACAAGGUGAUCUUCGUCGGGCUAUUACGUACUUACAGUCAGCUGCGCGAUUAUUUGGAUCAUCCAUUUCUUCGAAGGAUCUGAUUAGCGUGUCUGGGGUCAUUCCACAAGAGAUUGUCAAGGCAUUUCUUGUAACUUGUAAAAGUGGUAACUUUGAUGUGGCAAACAAGGAAGUCAAUGAUAUAAUUGCAGAGGGAUAUCCAGUCUCUCAGAUGCUUUACCAGUUACUUGAGGUGGUUGUUGAGGCAGAUGAUGUAUCAGAUGAACAGAAGGCCAGAAUUUGCAAGAAAUUGGCUGAAGCAGAUAAGUGUCUAGUUGAUGGUGCAGACGAGUACCUGCAGUUGCUGGAUGUAGCUAGCAAUACAAUGCGAGCUCUUUGUAACAUGCCACAAGAAUUUUCUUAUGAGUGCUAGGUUGUUCUGAACCCUGAUCUAGAUACAGUUUGUUGUCAUAUCAUGCAGAGAUAAGCAAAUUCAGCUUUGGAUGGAUGUUGAAUUUAUAAAACAGAUCAGUCUUUUUGGAGCCA